AUGAACUCGGCCCAACUAGCGGGCGUUCGUGAAAUGUGGGGUGUUUCAGUACCUCAAAUGGCCUUUGAAUAUGAGCCUCUCCUUCACACAUUACUUGCCCUGGGUGCGGCACACCGCGCCACACUCCUUCCAGGCGAAGCCAGUUCUUUGCGCCCCAUAUAUCAUUCUUACAUCGCUUCCACUCUUCAGCGACACCGCCCGGUGGCAGCCAAGAUUGAUAAGAGUACAAGCGAAUCUGUUUGCCUGAACGCUAUAUUAAUCUCGCUAUACGCUUUAUUUCUGCGGUCGGAGCCUUCCACAGAACCAUAUGAGCCCCCAUUGUUAUGGCUCUCAAUGGCACGCGGCAUUCGAACUGUCCUGAAAGAGGUUUAUCACGAUUUGGUUCGGUCAAACUCGCGUUUAUGUCCUUUACUGCUGGCCGAGCCAACUAUUUGGUUCCAGGGACCCUACAAGGGCCCGAAAAAACCGUUCCAUUUUCUGUUCGAAUAUCGUCGAGAUGAAGAAGAGAUGGAUGAUAAAACAGUGAAGGCAUAUCGUGACACCAUCGCCUAUCUAGAGCGUUUAUACAUGGCCAUACAAACCAACGAGCCUGACUUCGUUGUUCGCAAGCUAUUCACCGGGUUUCCGCCAAUCGUACCGGGUGAAUUCCUUGAUUUUGUCUACGAGAGACGACCACGGGCGUUGGUGAUCAUGGCAUACUUCUUCGCGUUGGCGAAAAAUAUUGAGGAUACUUGGUGGCUCCGUGGGAUCCCUGAGCGAGAGGUGCGCGGCAUCAACAGUAUCGUGCCUCCUGAGUGGAAGUGGACUAUGGGUUGGGCUCUCAAUUUAAUCUCCGAAGAGAAAGAGGCACCUAAGAGCGAACCCACCGUUCCUCAGGUGAAUCGGAGUGUGAUAGAUUCUUUAUUUGGAUAG